CGUAACAUAACUGUCUCGCUUCAUUUUCCUCAGUUACACAUGAGUUACUGCUGUCGCAGCCGUAUUGUUAGACCUUUUUAUAUGUACACACUUAUUUAGUUAAUGUCCUCACAUUUCUGACAUCGGUUAUAGGGACACUGAAAGGAAACGAUGUCGCUAUACGAUGACCUUGGUGUGGCAGCCAAUGAUACCAAGACUGAGGGCUGGUCCAAGAACUUUAAGUUGCUUCAGUCCCAGUUGAAGGUGAAGAAGGCAGCUCUGACACAGGCCAAGACUCAGCGGACAAAGCAGUCCACUGUCCUGGCUCCUGUCAUUGAUCUAAAGAGAGGAGGCUCCAGUGAUGAACGACAGAUCAUAGACACUCCUCCACACGCUGCUGCUGGACUCAAGGACACUGUGCCCAGUGGUUUUUCCUCUGGAGAUGUCCUGAUCCCGUUGGCUGAUGAGUACGACCCAAUGUUCCCCAACGACUACGAGAAGGUGGUGAAGCGACAUCGAGAAGAACGGCAGAAGCAGAGGGAGCAGGAGCGUCAGAAAGAAAUCGAGGAGAGAGAAAAGAAAAGAAAAGACAGACACGAGGGUGGAGCUCCAAGUGGUUUCUCACGUUUCCCAACAACAGAGGAGGACUCUGAUGAAGAUGAGGAGUAUGAGAAAGAGCGCAGGAAAAGAAGUAUGGGAGGAGCAGCCAUCGCUCCUCCUUCAUCACUUGUGGACAGAGACGGCCCUGCUUCAUUCUCCUAUGAAGAUGAAGGUCGUCCACCCCGAGGCUCGAAGGCCGCCAUUCCUCCACCAAUGUAUGAAGACUUGGAAAGGCCACGUUCACCGCCUGGACCAACCAGCUCCUUCCUGGCCAACAUGGGAGGUACAGUGGCCCAUAAGAUCAUGCAGAAGUAUGGCUUCAAAGAAGGCCAGGGCCUGGGGAAACACGAGCAAGGCCUCAGCACGGCGCUGUCUGUGGAGAAGACCAGCAAGAGAGGAGGGAAGAUCAUCAUAGGUGAUGCUGCAGAAAAAGCAGGCUCCAGCUUGUCAGGUGUUGCUGAGACUUCAGGCGGAGGGUUUUCAGCUGACUCCAAGAAGUCGGAUGCAAACCCGCUAACUGAGAUCCUCAAAAACCCCACCAAAGUGGUCCUGCUUAGGAACAUGGUGGGCAGAGGAGAAGUGGAUGAAGACCUAGAGGGAGAGACGAAAGAAGAGUGCGAGAAAUACGGCAAGGUGGUCAAAUGUGUCAUAUUUGAGAUCGCAGAGGUUCUAGACGAUGAAGCCGUCAGGAUAUUUCUGGAGUUUGAGAGAGUGGAAUCAGCCAUCAAAGCUGUGGUGGAUCUGAACGGGCGUUAUUUUGGUGGGCGAGUCGUCAAGGCCUGCUUCUACAAUCUAGACAAGUUCCGAGUUUUGGAUCUCGGGGAACAGGUCUGAUGUCUCCCUUGGAAGCGAGACAAAGACCAACAGACACUAUGAAAGUGCUCCCCAACUUGUACAUAAACUUCUUUAUUUUUUAUUUCUUAUGAGCAGCAAUGAAGUGUUGUAGCAACAUGUUCACCUUGUAGAUUAUGCUUGUUUUUUCUCUCCCUGUGAAAUAACCUUUAUGUUGACAAAAUAAAAAAAAGGUCUCAACUGUUUUGAGGCUGUUAUUAGUCAGUGGACAA